CAUUGUUCUAUCUGUGUUUCUUCCUCUCUGUCGACUUCGGCAGUUUUGUUCGCUGCGUAGCUACGAAAGGGUUCGAUUUAGCUUCAAAUCUCGAUCUGCACCUCCGCUUUGAUGGCAUUGUUUCUUUCCUAUAGUGUCCCCGCCACUCUUUGAAAAUUCCACCUAAAAGGAAAAAACGAUCCACCCCAAAUAUUGGGUUUUAUUCUCACGUGUACAAUUACUACCCAGAGGGUUUAGGGGCGGCUCUCCGCCGAGAGCCGUUCGACUUCAACGCCGAGCCACCUUGGGAUCCUAGCUGAUAGUGGGGGAGCUCCAUCUCCUAACUCGUCCAUUUUGCUGCAUACUAUCAAGGACCCCAGGGGCUCAGAGAGAGACCACUUCACCCAGGGGCUCAGAGAGAGACCACUUCACACAGAGUAUCAGAGAGAGACCACUUCACCCAGGCAUAAUUCUUUAUGACUGGCAGAUAAGCAGACAGCAGUUGAGAUGAAGGGACUAGAUGACGAACCAAACUACUCCGUCGCCCUGCUAGAGGGAGCCACGGCCCUCAGCGACGUGGUUGAGAAUCACAUUUAUGAACAAACACUGGCUGAGAAGAAUGCGUUCUUCGUGGCAGACUUGGGGGUCCUUAUGAGGCAACAUGUUCGCUGGCGAACCCACAUGCCCCAGCUGCGUCCCUUCUACGCUGUCCAAGCCAACAGCAGCUUGGCUGUCAUUGAGAUCCUAGCUGCUCUCGGCACUGGCUUCAUUUGCACCAAUAAGUAUGAGUUGGAGCUUGUGCAGGGCUAUGGCGUUCCCUCUGAAGACAUUAUCUACAGCGGUGUGUGUAAGCAGCUCUCCCAGAUCAAGUACGCCGCUAAGAACGGCAUCGACUUCCUGGUGUGUGACAACGAGGCCGAGCUACGCAAGAUCGCUCGCUGCCAUCCCUGUGCCAAACUGCUGCUGCAGGUGGCCACAGAGGCUUCCAGCGAGGGUGAUGAAAUGGGCAUGACGUUUGGCUCCAAGCUGAAGGACUGCAGACACCUGCUGGAGAGUGCCAAAGAGCAGGGCCUGCAGGUGGUGGGGGUCAGGUUCCACAUUCCCAGCUCCUGUGACGACCCUCAGGCCUACAGCCAUGCAGUGUCUGACGCUCGCUGUGUCUUUGACAUGGGGGAGGAUAUUGGCUUCAGUAUGACAAUCCUGGAUAUUGGAGGUGGAUUCAACGGCUCAGAGACUCAGCUGAAACAGAUUAACAGUGCAGUCAGGCCGUUGUUGGACCUGUACUUCCCAGCAUCGUCUGGCGUCUCCAUCAUGGCAGAGCCUGGCAGUUACUACGUGUCCUCCUCCUUCACCCUGGCUGUCAACAUCAUCGCUAAGGAAGUAGGCGCCCGGGAUCUUCAUGGCAAUCACGAUGAACCAUCUCCCAACGAUGAGCCAGAGUUCCUGUACUACAUGAACGAUGGGGUGUACGGCUCGUUCACUAGCAAGCUAGCAGACAAUGUAAUUCCAGCUCCGGCUCUGCCCAAUAGCGGUGUGUCCGAGGAACCGGUGUUUGCCAGCAGUCUGUGGGGUCCGUCAGGUGAUGAGCUGGACCAGGUGGUUGAUCAGUGUCUGCUGCCAGAGCUCAGUGUGGGAGACUGGCUGAUCUUCAACAACGCUGGGGCCUAUAGCCUGGGCCCUCCGUCCACUUUCACAGAUUCACCCAGACCCCCCGUCUACUACACCAUCUCUACUGGAGACUGGUUUGAGAUGCAGGACGCUGGUAUCACCCAGGACAUCAGCAUGAAGAACUUCUCUCUGGUCCCCUACUUCCUCCACUCCGGCCAAUCAGACGAAGCCCUGUCGGUCCCGGCUUAGGCUAGCUGAACCAAUCCCAUGUCUCUGCUGUGCUGACCUCACCUGGUCAACAUUCCAAUGGGAGGAAAAGACUGAAUGGUGCUUGCUGGCUAAAAGCUUUUUAUUAUUCAUUUCAUAAGGAAUUGAGCUUUUGUCUUCCUUUCCACAUUCAGUAAAAUAGUAUGCAACAAAAUGGAUGAGUCUGUAGGGAUGGAACUCCCACCUGUGUGGGUAUCCCAUGCGGUUACAGUUUACAUACAGUAAAUACAUACAAUGGAAUUUAAAAGUUAAUAUUUGAAACAUGUAUUAUAUUGCCUAUACGUCUCCUUUUUGCCAGUCCUGUAAAUUCAAUUGUCUACCUACUCAAAAUGGAGCAGUUAACAAAACCUGAUGUUUUAAAGCCAUUUUUGGAUGCUUUGCUAAAACAUAUUUAUGUUUAUUUAUGGUUUUGUUGGUUGUCGUUUUUUUUUUUUGUGCUAUGAAUAUCUGAUCCCCUGGCACUUAUGAUCAGUCAGUAUUUAAAAGGGGGCAUACAGUAGCCAAUUAUGCAUCCCAAAUGGCACCCUAUUUAGUGCACUACUUUUGACCAGAUCCCUAUCUAGGGAACAGUGUCAUUUGGGAUGCAUAUAACAGUACAGUGCCUCAGAUGAAGGGGAACUCUAUUUGAUUCAAGCAAUAUGAGUACAGAAUAUCAUUCACCUAACAUCUCGUUGAUAAUGUGCUCACGCUAAAUAUAAACCGUCUUGAGACUAUUAUCAUAAUGCAACAUUGAUGUUUCAUUUGUUUUUUAAAUCCCUCUUCCUUACAAGUCUCUGUGGAAAGAAUUGUCCAACAUCUGUGAAUUGGUCUCCAGUUUUGUCUAAAGUAAAUUAAUAUAAAAGCUCUCUGAAUCAUAA